AAACCAUAUUGGCAUGCUCUUGCUGGAGACUUAAAAAUAUUGCAUCGCCUUGCAACCUGUCGUUCCUUCUCUCCGCUCUCACUUUAUCAAGCCAUCCUGACUGCUGUUCACUGUGUGCGCUGAGCAGCGCGAUUGCCGCUCGGGCGUCUUGCGACUAGAAACUAUAAGCGCCAAGCUGGUGAUCUAAACCUGUUCAUUUCUGCCAAGCUACCAUGGCCGUACAGCCAAACGUUGAUCCACCGGUACUCAGCGAGAAAUUAUGCCCAGGUCCGCUUUCAAACGAAAUACCUCUCAACUGUCGUUCUUCCCCGCAUCGAAGCUCGCGUCCAUCCCACCAUUUCAUUCCAAUGCGUACUUCUUUGUCUGCUUCCUCUUCAUCGCUUUCCUCAUCACAAACUCUCCCACAAUCGCAGCGAUAUGUUCGUCCGCGCGGGCUGCGGAUAUGGAAUCUUUUCAAACAAUGGCUGCCUAUCUUUGCGUACGGUGUAACUAGCCUUGGUUUUAUCUUAGCUAUCGCAUUCUGGAAGACUGAGGUUUUCGACGGUCUCGAGCACCUGUCACGCUGGUUGCGAAACGAUGAGCACUUCGGCUACGCAGUGCUUUUCUGUCUCAUCUUUAUCACUACGUUUCCCCCUCUCCCACUGUAUUCCACGCUGAUCACAUUGUCGGGAUAUACAUUUGGGCCGUGGACUGGUGCUGUUAUCUCGUAUUGUGCUGCACUUUCUGGUGCUGUCGUUGUGUUCUGGCUAUCACGAACGUUCUUGCGCGAGCCAAUUGGUCGUUGGCUUUCCUCGACGCGCACUUUAUGCCGCGCAGUCCGAGCCGUCGAACGCAAACCACAGCUAUUAUUCCUUGUCAGACUUGCACCAUACCCAUAUAAUGUGCUCAACGCACUUCUUGCGGCCACGCCGACCCUCACUAUGCGGACCUAUGUGAUUUGCACGGCUUUGUCCCUUUUCAAAGUCAUCAUUCACACCAGCAUCGGUGCAGGAAUUCGCUCGUUCAGUGCCAAGAAAGAAUCCGAUGUUCAGGAGGAAGAGGAUGAUACCUGGAGCAAAGUCUGGACUAUUGGCGGAAUCCUUUUGUGCGUUGCACUUUUCAUCUACAUCAGUUUGGUAGCACGCCGAGCGGUGGACGAUGAACUUGACGAUGAGAUUCCUGGAAGUGUAUCUGAAGAAAGAGUGGCAUUCUUAGAUGCAGAGGAUGACGAUGUCGGAUCUCGAGCACUACGGUUACCCCUGACUUUGCAGUCGCAGAGCAACAUGAGCGAGGCACAGCUCGUUUCGCCACAUCGCGUGGUGUCCGGUCUUCCUGCAGCCUAGUCGCUGCGUUUUCUUCUUAAAAGGACUCUCUCGAGCCUAGACUUGUAUAUUAUUACCAAGGAUAUCAUAUCAGACUGAUUAAAACCCAAACUUGUAUGUUGUGUAUGUAUUUCUUUUUGGAACUGAUGUAUACUUUUUACUAC